UGAAGUCAAAUUGUCAAAAAAAGUAAAUGGUAAACACGAGCUGCAAAAUAUUUGAAUUAUAUUUUAUCAAAUUAUUAUUUUAAACUUAUAACUGAUUAUCUUUAAAUAUAGUAUCAUGGAAUUAGAAGACGGUUUUGAUGAUUUACUUGCCCAAAUCAGUGAGCCAACAUCUCCAAAGCAAUUAAAACUUGAAUCGGAAACUUUACAGCAAGUUCAGCCGGGAACAUCCAAGGAGCCGGUUUCUAAGCCAGCUUCUUCUAAGACACACUGUGUAUUAGUAAAUCAGAAACAGAGAGGCAAUCCAGUACUAAAGUUUAUAACAAGUGUUCCUUGGGAGUAUGACGAUAUAAUCCCCGAUUAUGAGGUGGGUAAGACAAUAUGCCUGCUGUUCCUCUCACUGAGGUACCACAACAUGAAUCCAGAUUACAUACAUAACAGGAUCAAGGAACUUGGCAAGAAGUAUGAACUUAGGGUUCUCUUGGUACAGGUUGACCUCAAAGAUCCACAUGUAGUAUUAAAAAAUUUAACAAGAAUAUGCUUGCUGACAGAUUUAACACUAAUGUUAGCAUGGAAUCCAGAGGAAGCAGCCAAGAUUAUAGAAAACUACAAGAUCUAUGAGAAUAAGCCACCUGACAGGAUCAUGGAAAAGAUUGAAAAUGAUCCUCAUCAGAAGGUGGUAAACGCCUUAACGACAAUAAAGCCAGUAAACAAAACGGAUGCCAUGACUUUAAUAUCAAUAUUCGGAACAUUAGAAAAUAUAAUAAAGGCUUCGGAAACUAGACUUGCCGAGUGUCCCGGGUUUGGCGCGACUAAAGCUAAGAAACUCUACAAGGCAUUGCAUGAGCCGUUUUUAAAAAGAGGUAAUGUUAAUAGGAAUAAAGAUAAAAAUGAUUUCGAGGGAGAUUUAAGUAUAGAAGACAUUGAGAAGCUAGAGAGUGAAGUAGAGAAGAAUAUUGAAGAAGAGAAACAACAGAACUGUGAAGAAAAUACAACAGAAAGCUGAUGCAACUUAUAGCUACUAGAUGGCGCUAGUAACACGUAUCCUCAUAUUGUUUUCAUAAAUAAUUGUGGGUACUCAAAAGUGAGUGAAAACAUAAAGAAUUAAUUUAUUGUGUGAAUAAAUAAUUAGUUUAAAACAUCAUGUAUAAGUAUAAGCUAAACGUAAUAAUAAUAUUUAAUUUUUAAAGAAAAUGUGUUGUUGAAUGUAUAUACCUAAUAUUCUAUUUUGAAUUUUUACAUGCUAAACUAUGUUCUGUAUAAUUAUUUGUUAUGCAUGUUUAUCCGUUGAAUCUGUUGAUACCUACUUAUUAUAAUUUAUUUUGUUUUCCAAAACACCGUAGCGGGCUACGCAAUCAAUAAACUGGUUAUAAUGUG